AUAAGAUACACAUCAGAAGUGCUUGUCUGGAUACACUGCUGUUCUUGUGACCCCCUCGGAUCUAAAGAAAUUUUCGAUGCUUUGUUUAUUCGAUAGAUUCAGGAAAUAACCGGAGGGAUGGAAUUAUUCUUCUGGAGGGUUUAAAAUAUUAGAUGAAAGGAAAGUACCGGUGUUGAAUGAUUGAUAUCUGAACGUGCAAUAUGGCGGAUACUGCUGAAGGGGGUUCAGAGCAGGACGAUAUUUCAUUUUUACGAACGAAUGAUAUUGUUUGUUUGAGUUGUGUGACAUCCUCCAGAGAUAGUAGUACAACUGAUAGAGUAUGUCUUGCAGCAGAAGGAUUUGGCAGCCGUAUGUGCUGCCUAGAGAAUGUAUCUUGUCGGGAUGUUCCUCCAGAUUUGUCAGUAUGUUCAUUUGUUCUAGAACAAGCUCUUUCGGUCAGAGCUCUGCAGGAAAUGGUCACAUCAUCAUCCCAGGAUUCCACAGAAGAAAGACCAGAAACAAAAUUGUCUGCAGCCCAAUCAGGUCACAGAACAUUGCUUUACGGCCAUGCAGUUUUACUGAGGCACCUUCAUAGCAACAUGUACCUAUCUUGUUUGUCCACAAGUUCAUCCAAUGAUAAGCUGGCCUUUGACGUAGGACUUAAUGAAACAGCUCAAGGAGAAGCAUGUUGGUGGACUAUACAUCCAGCAUCUAAACAAAGGUCAGAAGGUGAAAAAGUACGAGUUGGAGAUGAUCUUAUACUUGUUAGUGUUUCUUCAGAAAGAUACCUUCAUAUUGGUGGAGGCAGUAUGGUUAUAGCAUCAUUCCAACAGACUUUGUGGACAGUAGUUCCUAUGUGUUCUGGAGGAAUCAGGAACAAAUGUCUAGGUUAUGUAUUUGGUGGUGAUGUUAUUCGUCUAUUUCAUGGUCACAUGGAUGAAUGUCUAGCUAUACCUGAAGCUGGCAGUGAUAAUGAAUUUAGUGCAGUGAUGUAUGAAACUGGUGCAGUAUGUAGUCAUGCUAGAUCUCUAUGGAGAAUAGAAAUUAUAAGAACAAAAUGGGCUGGUGGAUUCAUGGGAUGGGGACAGCAGUGUCGAUUACGUCACGUGACAUCUGGGCGAUAUUUAGCAGUUACCACUGACAACCAAGUGGUAACAGUUCAUCGCCAGAAAGCUGAGGAACAAGCUGUUGCAUUCUUCUUAUUUAGCUCAAAGGAUGACAAGAAACAGACAGAGGGUAGAGAAGAUGAAGGAAUGGGAAAGUCUGACAUUAAGUACGGAGACUCCAUGGUCUUCAUACAACACUGUGAGACUGGAAGAUGGUUAUCCUAUCAAACUUACGAAACAAAGAAACGAGGAGUUGGAAAACUGGAAGUGAAAAAGGCUGUGAUGUUGGUUGAAGGACAUAUGGAUGAUGGUUUUACAUUUUCCCGAGCUCAAGAAGAAGAAUCGAGAUCUGCUAGAGUUAUCAGGAAGUGUCAGUCUAUAUUCAACAGAUUUAAUAAAGCACUAGAUGCUUUAAAGACAGAGGGUAGAAGUGGUCAUGCCUGGGGUAGAAUUAGUCUUUCAGAAGUAUUGAAGUGCCUUGAAGACCUCAUUGACUAUUUUGCUCAACCUGGUGAAGAUGAAGAGCAUGAAGAAAAACAAAACAAGCUUAGAGCUUUGAGAAAUAGACAAGAUUUAUUCCAAGAAGAGGGUAUGAUUGCUCUCAUUCUGGAAACCAUUGACAAAUUCAUCCAGUAUAAAAGUAGGCGACACUUUGCCCAUUAUGCAGGCGAGGAGGCAGCUAGUAAAUGGGAUGACAUAUCAAGUUAUUUAUAUCUGCUGUUAGCUGCCAUGAUCCGUGGUAACCGUGCCAACUGUGCACAGUUUGCUCAAUCAUAUCGACUUGACUGGCUUGUCAGUAGGUUAGAGAGUCAGCAGUCAUCAACAGGAGUCCUAGAUGUGUUACAUUGUGUACUAAUAGACAGUCCUGAAGCUCUCAAUAUGAUCAAAGAGAAACACAUUAUAACAAUCAUAUCAUUGAUAGACAGAGCUGGCAGGGAUCCUAAGGUGCUAGAUGUUUUACGUUCCUUAUGUGUAGGAAGUGGAGUAGCUGUUAGAACCAAUCAGAAUCUUAUCUGUGAUAACUUGUUACCUGGCCGAGACUUACUGCUGCAGACAAAACUUGUUGACCAUGUUGCUAGUAUUAAGCCAAAUAUAUAUGUAGGAGUAUUAGAUGGAUCAGCGAUGUACAAGAAGUGGUAUUUUGAACUUGUUGUGAUUCAGUUUGAAACAGCUACACAUCUUCCACCUACACUGAGAGUGGGCGUUGCCAAUACCAAUGGCUUUGUACCCUACCCUGGAGGAGGAGAACAAUGGGGAGGAAAUGCUGUUGGUGAUGAUCUGUAUUCCUAUGCAUUUGAUGGUGUCAAUUUAUGGACAGGUGGGAAAUCAAAGCAAGUGAGAAGGAGUGGUCACCAGUUAGAACAUGGAGAUGUGAUUGGUUGUUGCCUUGACCUUUCUGUACCACAGAUCACUUUCACCUUGAAUGGAAUCAAGGUCAGAGGCGUCUUCAAGGAUUUCAAUCUUGAUGGUCUGUUCUUCCCAGUUGUGUCAAUGUCUGCUAGAGUUAGUUGUCGCUUUGUAUUUGGUGGAGACCAUGGUAAAUUUAAGUUUGAACUACCAGAUGGACACUCACCAGCCAUAGAAGCAUUACUUCCAAAAGAGAAACUUAAGUUGGACCAGUGUUUCUGGUUUGGAGACAUCCACAGAAAUGUCGUACAUGGACCAAUGGAAAUAGAAUAUACUCCAUAUGUGCCAAAACCAGUAGAUACUGCUAAUAUUCAACUUCCAGCUUACAUAGAAAAUGUUCGUGACAGAUUAGCAGAGAAUUUACAUGAGGUUUGGGCUGCUAGUAAGAUAGAACAAGGAUGGUCAUUUGGUGAGGUCAGAGAUGACCAAAGAAAGAAGAAUCCAGCUGUAAAUAGCUUUGAGAAAGUCCCCAUGACAGAAAAGAAAUAUGUUAUCACAGUAUCUUUUGAAACAUUAAGAACAUUACUAGCAUUAGGUUAUCACAUCAGUAUGGAUAAUCAGAAGAAAGAAAAUAAUAGAAUGAAGACACAUAAAUUGCCAAACAAUUUCUUACAAAGUAAUGGAUACAAACCAGCCCCUCUGGACCUGUCAUCUGUGACAUUGAAUGAAUUAAUGGAAGACUUGGUAGAAUUACUGGCAGAAAAUACACAUAAUGUCUGGGCCAAAGACAGAAUCAAGCACGGCUGGACCUACGGAACAUAUGAGGACAUGCACAACAAAAGAAGUCCUCAUCUUGUGCCAUACAACAAAGUGGAUGAUUCCAUUAAAAAGGCUAACAGGGAUCAAGCAAAUCAAACAGUCAAGACACUUCUUGCCUAUGGAUACAAUUUGGAACCUCCAACGAGUGAGACAGGUGAAAGUGCUCAAACAGGAAGUAAACUAUUUGAUCAUUUGCUGAACUAUGGGAAUUUAAAAAAUACAGCAUUAUCAAGAGCAUUAGGACAGAAGAAAUCUAGAAAUAGAACUUACAGAACCCAGCUAACCUAUGCUGUGUCUACAGGAAAAUGGUAUUAUGAAUUUGAAGUGUUGACACCAGGCUUCAUGAAAGUGGGCUGGACCAAGGUAGAUUCCAGCCCAUGUGUGGAAAUUGGUUUGGAUGGUUCUUCCUAUGGUUUUGAUGGACUUUUGGGUAGAAAAUGGAACCAAGGUGGUGAGCAGUAUGGGAAAAUAUGGCAAGCUGGAGAUAUCAUUGGUUGUAUGUUAGAUCUUAAUGAUAAAACAUGUACCUUUUCUUUGAACGGAGAGCUGAUGAUGGAUAAUUUAGGACAGGAAAUAGCUUUCCGAGGUAUUGAUGUUGCAGACUAUGUACCAGCAAUGACCAUGGGAGUUUAUCAGCAGGCAAAGCUGAACUUUGGACAGGAUGUAAAUACUCUGAAAUAUUUCACAUGUUGUGGAUUACAAGAAGGAUAUGAACCAUUCUGUGUGAACAUGACAAGACGUGUUCCAUUGUGGUAUGGUAAAGAUUUACCAUUGUUUGAACCUAUUGAUGACAAUCAUCCAAGACUUCAGAUACAAAGAAUACCAGGAGGAAGCCAUGUCACACCCUGUCUGAAGGUUUUGUCAAAGACUUUUGGAACACUGGAAAAGGUUCAUCUGGAAUAUCUAAGAUUAAGUCUUCCAGUUCAAUGCAAAGAUGAAUUUGUUCAUAGAGAUAGACAUGCUGGUUUUCCAACAUCAUUUGAGAGGAGAAUGAAUCUUGAAAAUAUCCGUCGUCAUGAAAUGGACAUUGAAGAGGAACAACAAACCCCAGAUUCCUUGCCAGAGAAUUACAGCGAGGCCAUGAGUGAGGGAUCUAUAGGGGGCAGCAAAAUUACCACAGAAUCUGUAAGGAAAAUGACAGAGAGUAGCAGUCCAACAAGCAGUGGUGGGGACGCAAGAAAGACAUCUAGUCAAACUGAUACACCAAGUAGACAACCAAAUGGUGACUUACAAUCACCAACCACUAGUCAUGAUGAUGAAGAUGAUAGUUACAGCCGAGAUAGUAUGAUGAAUGGUGGCCAAGAGAAAUCUAUGGAAAGAGGAUACCCAGAGGAAUCGAUAACUGCUGACGACAGGCGUAAAAAGUUUCUCCGUCCACAAGGUCAGGGUCACUCUCUUGAUGAUAGUUCCCAGGAUGACAAAUCUGUUGGCCGAAUGAAGUCUGCUGCAAGUGAAUCCCAGUUAUCUUCCCCUUCGGAUAGACAAACAUCACGCUUGUCUUUACUAGGAGACAAGUUAAUUGACACUGCUAAGGCCAUUGGCGAGAAAGGAAAUAAGAAGAGCAAAAAUACAUUUACGAACAUCUUCAAGAAAAAGGGUAGGGAUCUGUCCCCUGCAGAGUCUAAAAGAACAAGAAGUGUAGAAUAUGGCAGUCUUGAUCGGAAGCAAGCCUCUUCUUUUAGACGAAGUCGGAAUAAACACCGUGAAUAUCAUGACCAUAAUACUAAAGUCCACACGUUACCCACAUCACAAACCAUGGAUUCAGUGGAAAGUGAUAAUGAACAGCCAUCACAAGGACCUGUAAUAAACAUUGAAGCUCCACGAGGAAUGAUUCCCUAUGAGUUUCAGGAUGCCAUGGGUAGAAGACAAAACUUAAAUAGGGACUUUGGGGGAAGUGAAGGAUCAGAACACUCUGACAGUGAUUUUGCUGAACUUUCCGCAAUGGCUGACAUGAUUGACGAGUACCAAUACUCCAUUAGGAUAUUCCCAGGUCAGGAUCCAACACAGGUGUAUGUAGGAUGGGUAACACCUGGAUUCCAUUUUAAUGAGAAAACAUUUGAAACAAAGAAGAUUAGACAUGUUGUUGUGUCAGUUCUUGAUGAUGACUACAAUUUAAAACAGAGCUUAAGUAGAAAGAACUGUUACAUGGUGUCUGCAGGUGACCUGCUUCAGAGGUAUGGCAGCUCUUUACAGGAAGUGACAUCAAAGAGAGCUACACCUGGUAUCAUGAUUGGCUGCUGUAUAGAUAUUUCUACUGGCAUGCUGAGCUUCAGCGUCAAUGGCAAGGAAGUUGCCAACAAAUUUGCUGUAGAACCUAAUUCAAAGUUGUUCCCUGCUGUGAUAUGUGAACCUACAAUAAAAGAAAUGCUCCAGUUUGAACUGGGAUUUACAAGGUUUGCACUGCCAUUGUCAGCUGCAGUAUUUAGAGGACCAAAACAGGCAGUACCAUCAUGUCCACCAAGACUUGAUGUUCAGACCCUGACUGAUGGCUGUUGGUCCAGAGUCCCAGAACAGAUGUUAAGCAUACAUUCACUUAAACUGUCUGGUAUACGAGGCUGGAGCAUGCUUUGUGACCAUCCAGUAAAUAUGAUGGCUGUUUAUAUACCAGAGGAGGACAGGAGCAUGGAUAUCUUGGAAUUGAUAGAACAAAAAGAUCUCUUAGAGUUCCACGCCAAGACACUUGAAUUGUAUCAAGCUGUAUGUUCCCAUGGAAACCACAGGGUGGCCAAUGCCCUUACACAUCAUGUGGACGAGAGAUUACUCAUGUAUUGUGUGCUAAGUGAAAAUAUGUCAGGACCUAUCAGAACUGGUUACCAUAAUUUACUAAUUACUAUGCAUUUAGAAUCACAUGCUAGAGCAAGACUUUUGACACAAAAUGAGUUUAUUGUACCAUUAACGAACACAACUAAGGAUCUGAGAUUGUAUCGUAAAACAAGUAUUGGACAUGAAACUAAAAUCAAAGAUACCAUUCCCAACAUGGAUGACAGUGUAUCUAUCAGACCUCAACUAGCUAUCUCGGAAAAGGAAAUUGACACCAGGGUUAAAACUGCUGGGAAAGAUUCAACAGCUCCAUUUUUCCCUGUGGAAACACUGAAGACUUAUGUAAUGCAAAAUUUGAGAGAAGCUGUGAUCAAGGGAGCCGCCCACAUCAGAGACCCAAUAGGAGGCAGCAAUGCUAAUCUUUUUGUACCUCUGCUAAAGGUAUGUGACAAGCUUUUGGUGAUGGGAAGAUUCAGCGAUGGUGAUUUACUGAAGUUACUGAUUCUUAUCAAUCCACAGGUGUUUGAUGAUAAUAAAGAGUCAGGUUCCAGAGUAGGACUUUUGCAUAUGAAACUUGAAGAUGCAGUUAAACUAGAGGUUUGUCACAUCCUCCAGCAUCUAUGUGAUAUACAGCUGAGACAUAGAGUGGAGUCCAUUACUGCCUUCUCUGACAAAUUUGUUUAUUCUUGUCAACAUGACCAAAAGAAAAGAUACAACGAUAUCAAACAAGCAGACCUUCCAUCAUCUGUAACGGCUAGAAUGACGAGAGAAUUCAGAUGUCCUCCACAUGAACAGAUGAGAAAUCUUCUUAUCUUCAAAUCUGCAGAAGAAGAUGAGAAUGGUCUGCCAUGUCCAUGUGGGACGGCCAUCAGAGACAUGCUUUGGAAUUUCCAUAGUCAGUUGCUGACACAUUGUUCCAUGCCAACACAACCAGAACAAGAGGACAAACCAGUAGAGACUGAAGCCAAAGAGGAACCAGUCACCGCUCCAACAGUUGGUGAGAAACUUCUGCAGUUAGUGUUAAAGAAAAAGGAAGAGGAAACUUCCAACUCUAAAGAGCCAGAGGAGAACAAAAUAGACAACAUACAAAAACUGAUACAGAAAACUAUGAUUACCUGGGCCCAAGAGGACUUUAUUGUGAACCAGGACCUAGUCAGAGAAAUGUUCAGCUUAUUGUACAGGCAGUAUAAUGGUAUUGGUGAGCUUCUAUCUGCUCUUGAGAAAGCCUAUGUUAUAAGUAAUGCCAGUAAAGAUGACAUCAAUAUAUUACUGAGAGCCUUAGGAAAUAUUAGAUCUCUGUUACUAGUGCAGGCUGAUAAAGAUGAAGAGGAACUGAUGAAAAAUAGUUUAAAAGAGUUGAUGGACAAUAAAGUGUUCUUCCAGCAUCCAGAUUUGAUGAGAGCAUUGUGUGUUCAUGAAACAGUCAUGCAAUUAAUGGUGAACACUUUAAAUAAAGCACAACAGCAACAACAGUCCACAACUUCUGGCAUGCCAGAGGCUAGUCAAGGAAGGAGAAGUUCUGUUGCUAGGAGGGGAUCCUUUCAACAACAGGGUAGACGAGCGUCCUUUACGCUCCAACAAGUGGAACAGACAAAGGAUGCAGCAGCAGAAAUGGUAGUGAUGUGCUGCAGAUUCUUGUGUUAUUUCUGUAGAACAAGUCGGCAGAAUCAGAGAGCCAUGUUUGAACAUCUCAGCUACUUACUGGAGAACAGCAGCAUGUUACUGGCUCGUCCUUCACUUAGAGGAUCAUGUCCACUGGAUGUAGCUUACUCUUCAUUAAUGGACAAUAAUGAACUUGCUUUGGCCCUUAGGGAGACUAACUUAGAGAGGAUAGCAAUGUAUUUAUCUAGAUGUGGGGUCCAAAGCAAUGCUGAGCUGUUAGAAAAAGGCUACCCUGACAUUGGUUGGGAUCCAGUUGAAGGAGAGAGAUUCUUGGAUUUCCUUAGAUUCUGUGUGUGGGUCAAUGGUGAAAGUGUGGAAGAAAAUGCAAACCUAGUUGUCAGACUUUUGAUUCGUAGACCAGAAUGUCUAGGCCCUGCAUUGAGAGGUGAGGGAGGUGGUCUUUUCAAAGCAGUUAAAGAUGGAAUUAAAAUGUCACAGCAGAUAAUUACAGCAAGGGAUGGCAACUCUGCUCACUUCCUGUCGGCCAUGAUGGAUGAUGACUCAGAUGGUAGAAUCUUGUAUCAGAGUAAAUAUGAUUUCAACACCUUACCACCAGAAGAUGACGAGGACUAUAUAGAUAUGGGAGGAGCCAUUAUGAACUUUUAUGCUGGGCUAGUGGACCUUCUAGGAAGAUGUGCCCCAGAUGCUGAGACCAUUAAAUCUGGCAGAAGUGACUCAAUCAGAGCAAGAGCUAUACUGAGAAGUUUGGUGUCCAUGGAAGACUUAGAAAAAGUUCUAGGAUUGAGCUUUAUCCUUCCUGCAGGACCUGCUAUGUCUGCUGAUACUGAAAGCCAAGAAGGAGAUGAAGGUGGCGCUCCAGAGUCAGACAUGCCCCCAGGUCUAAACCCAGUCCACAAAUCCUCUAUCAUGUUAUUCCUUGAGAGAGUUUAUGGUCUUCCUGACCAAGAAACUUUCUUCAGGAUUCUAGAAGAGGGUAUUCUCCCUGACCUGAGGGCAGCUACAACUCUGGACACAGUAAGUAAAGCCUCUGCAUCGGAAAGUGAUUUUGCUUUAGCACUGAAUCGUUACAUUGGAGGUUCUGUUUUACCACUGUUGACCAGACAUAGUCACUUCUUUGAGAAUGCUGACCAUGCUUCAACUCUAUUGGACUCUACACUGAACACUGUGUACAGACUGUCAAAGUGCCGAUCAUUGACAAAAGGUCAGAGAGAGGCAGUCUCGGACUUCCUCGUCUCAUUUACAAAUCAGUUGAGACCCUCCAUGAUGACUGGUUUGUUAAGGAAACUUACAGUGGAUGUUCCUCAUCUAAAUGAGAAUUCUGUUGUACCAUUACGAGUGUUGACAGCUUACUACAAGAGAUGUGGAUCAUACUAUAGUUCUGGUGGAUCAUGGGGAUCCUAUGGAUCAGCCACAGAUGAGGAGAAAAGACUCACAAUGAUAUUGUUUACUGGAAUAUUUGAUUCAUUGUCACACAGGGAAUAUGACCCAGAAUUAUUUUCCAAGGCCUUACCAUGUCUGUCAGCCAUUGGCUGUGCCUUGUCACCUGACUAUUCUCUUACCAAACAAGAUGACAUGAGGAUAAUAGAUGUCGGAUCUAAUUUGGAUGGAACAUAUAAUCCUCAGCCACUGGACACAAGGGGAAUCUCCAUUAACCAGUCCUUAGAUCAAGCUAUAAGCAAAUUUGCUGAGCAUUACCAUGAUGUUUGGGCUAUCAAAAAGAUGGAUAGUGGCUGGCUCUUUGGUACUAUGUAUGACGAAGAUAGAAUGACACAUCCCCUAUUAAAACCAUACCAUUUACUGGAUGAAAAGUCAAAAAACAAGUAUAUACAUCCUGCCAAGGAGAGUGUAAGGUCAAUGUUAUUCUGGGGAUGGGCUUUAGAGCAGGACCAACAAAGACAAGCUGCCAACAGAGACAGUAUGAGAAGACGGAUGUCCAAAGAUGGGGCAAGCCAUGGAUACAGUCCUAAGCCAUUUGACCUCCGUAACAUGACCUUGACAAGAGAUAUUCAGAAUAUGAUAGAGAAAUUAUCAAAUGAUUCACAUGAUAUGUGGGCCUUUAAGAAAAGGGUGGAGCUUGAAGAACUUGGUGGUGGUGUUCAUCCUCUUACUGUUCCUUAUGACACACUGACUGACAAAGAAAAGAAGAAGUACAGAGAUCAUGCUACAGAACUUCUCAAAUUCCUACAGUUCCAGGGUUUUAGAAUAUCAAGCCACGACACAUCAAUAGAGAGACACACCAGUAGAGCUUCUGAUUCUAGGAGAGACAAAGGAGCUAAGAAUGAGAGUGAAGUCAAUGUAUCAGCCACAGAAAAGAGAUUUGCGUACAGCUUGUUAGAAAAGCUACUACAGUAUUUUGACAAUGCAUCAACGAACAUAACACAGACAAGACCCAGUUCAAGGUUCAGUAGAAGAGAGAGUUACUCAACUGCAACUGAAGAUGUCAAAUUCUUUGGAAAAGUUGUUCUACCAUUUGUGGAGAAAUACUUUGCUGCUCAUCGUGAUUAUUUUAUUGGAUCCAGUACAUCAGCAGGAGGUAGUGCAUUGGCAUCUGUAAAAGAGAAAGAAAUGACUGCUAAUUUGUUUUGUAAAUUGGCUGGGACACUUAGAGGAAGAAUCAAUGCCUUUGGACAUGAUGUGUGUAUAUCUGUCAGAUGUUUACAAGUACUCAUACAAGCUGUUGAUGCGAGAUCGGUUGUAAAGAACAGUCCCGAAAUGGUUAGAUCCUCUCUGAUGCCGUUCUUUAACAAUGCUGCUGAUGACUUAGCUCAGGUUGUGGAGAACCUAAUGAAAGGACGCUUCAGCCAUGUGAAGGGAACAAUCACUAGAGGAGCCACUAGUCUGGACUAUGUACAUAUGGUGUUACUUCCUGUGUUGUCUUCCAUGUUUGAUCACUUAGGACGACAUCACUUUGGACCAGACUUAUUAACUGGAGAUAUACAACUGUCUGCAUACAGAAUAUUGAUUUCCCUGUAUUCUCUUGGAACAACCAACUCAUCUAUUGUGGAAAGGGAAACCAUUUUGUCAGAAUUGUCAAGGCAUAGACCAGCGUUAGGAGAAUGUCUGGGUUCCUUUGCCAGCUGUUUCCCUGUUGCCUUCUUGGAGCCAAACUACAACAAGUACAACAGGAACUCGAUACUGUUUGGAAUAGAAGGCAAAAUUUCAGAGCACUCUCUAGAGGCUCAAGAGGUUAUGGACCAGCUAAAAGAAUGUGUCCCAGAACUUGAGAAAAUCAUUACAGAAAUUGAAGAGCUAGCAGAAUCUGGAGGCAAAUAUCAAGAGGCUCCACAUGUGAUAGAGGUGACACUACCCAUGUUGUGUAGUUAUCUCCCAUAUUGGCUUAUCCAGGGAAAACUUAUGGCUGAUGGUUCAAAUAGAGCUUCCACAGUAACAGAAGAACUGAUGAAUACAGUUUUGAAGAAUGUACUAAAACUUAUAUUGAGUAAUAUUGGUACAUUGGACGCACCUUGGAUGAACAGAAUAGCAACUCGUACUCAGCCUAUUAUAGCCAGUUCUACACCUGAUAUGAUUAAAGACCAUUUCUUGCCUAUUGCUAUCAAAUUGAGAGAGAAUGGUAAAACUGUGGACCUAAAAGACAAGAAGUUGUUAGCCUCCAAACAUGGAUCCAAUGAAGUAGCUGAUUUAGAAGCGGAGGUUCAGACUGGUUACUGUACAUUGGUUAGAGAUAUCUAUGCAUUUUAUCCACUCCUAAUAAAGUAUGUAGACUUACAUAGAUCCCAAUGGUUGAAGAAUCCUAUGCCAGAAGCUGAGGAAUUGUUUACAUGUGUAGCAGACAUUUUUGGCUUGUGGUCAAAAUCAUUGUGGUCCACUGGGAAACAGAUGUUUAAGAGGGAAGAACAAAACUUUGUAAUGGCUAAUGAGAUAGACAAUAUGGCCCUGAUCAUGCCUAGUCAGUCAAAAACUGUCAAACUGCCUCAGUCUGAGUUACAACCAGAAGGCACAGUGAAGAAAACCACUAAAAAGAGGGAGAAGAAAAGACUGGAACCUCACAACAGUUUGAAUGUGGCUUGUCUUAAGAGACUGUUACCCAUUGGUCUUGGAUUCUUCAGUGGCAGGGAACAGGAGCUACUACAACAAGCUAAACAGAAAUUGAUAGAUAGCUUUGCUGAAGAAAUGCUAAUGGAAUCAGAGGCAGAUAUAGAAGACUUCUUGUUAAAAAGUUUGGAAGUUGAAGAAGGGCCCACAGAUGAAGCAGUAAAAUGGCAGAAAGUGUUAUACCGAAAGAUAGGAGGAUCUACCGAUAUGCAGCUAGAUCAAUGCAAAGUUAUCGACCGUAUAUUAUCAAUGGCCAAGGUCAUGCAUGGACUGCAUACAAUCGAUUUUGUACCAAGGUUUCCAACACUAAACAUGCAAGUUGAGCAUCCAUCAGCAUCACACAAGAGUGCCUGGCGUAAGGUUAUAUCUACACAGAGGAAACGAGCUGUCAUGGCCUGUUUCAGAAUGGUGCCGCUACACAGUUUGCCAAGACACAGAGCCAUUAAUUUGUUCCUAAAGUGCUACAGAGGUCAGUGGUUAAACACAGAAGAAUAUGAGAAGAAAAUCCUGAUAGAAGAUGUCACUAAAUCUGAUGAAGCAGAAGAUGAGGCGGAGAAGAAAGAAGCUGACGAGGAAGUGAAACCAGAUCCUCUGACUCAACUGAUUACCUGCCUUAGUAGAGCUGCCACUAAAGAACAACAGGGAAGUCUUCCUGAGGAUUCUAUCUAUAUGUCAUAUGCCCAAAUAAUGGGACAGAGUUGCCAUGGAGAAGAUGAAGAUGAUGAUGAUGACGAUGGAGGAGGGGAUGAUGAAGGACCAGGAUCAUCUUUCCAGGAACAAGAAAUGGAAAAACAACAGCUGUUAUUUGAGCAGUCACGGUUGGCUGAUCGUGGAGCAGCAGAAAUGGUCUUACUGUAUAUUAGUGCUUGUAGAGGUGUCCAGAGUGCCAUGGUAACAGACACAAUAGAACUAGGCAUCUCCUUAUUAAGAGGAGGUAACACAGAGGUUCAAAAGAAAAUGUUAAACCAUCUGAAAGAUAAGAAGGAUGUAGGAUUCUUUACCUCUUUGUCUGGGCUAAUGCAGUCAUGCAGUGUGUUGGAUCUUGAUGCAUUUGAGAGAACAAACAAGGCAGAAGGAUUAGGUAUGAGCUCUGAUGCUAAUGCAGGGGAGACAAAUCUUUAUGAUGCUGAAACCACAUGUAAACUGUUCAGAUUCCUUCAGCUGCUGUGUGAAGGCCAUAAUGCAGAAUUCCAGAAUUACUUGAGAACCCAAGCAGGUAACAACACCACUGUGAAUGUUGUCAUCUGUACUGUUGAUUAUCUACUGAGGCUACAGGAGUCCAUCAUGGACUUUUACUGGCACUACUCUGGUAAAGACACCAUAGACCAGUCUGGUAAAGAAAGUUUCUGUAGGGCCAUCAUGGUUGCCAAACAAAUCUUCAGAAGUCUCACAGAAUAUAUACAGGGACCUUGUGCCUUGAAUCAGUUAGCUUUAGCACACAGUAGAUUGUGGGAUGCAGUAGGAGGUUUCCUGUACAUAUUUGCUCACAUGCAAGAUAAACUUUCUAAGGACUGUGAACAGCUGGAGUUGUUAAGAGAAUUCAUGAAAUUACAAAAAGAAAUGAUGAUCAUGUUACUAUCUAUGUUGGAAGGAAAUGUUAUGAAUGGACCUAUUGGUAAACAGAUGGUGGACACACUGGUAGAAUCAUCAGCUAACGUUGAGAUGAUUUUGAAGUUCUUUGACAUUUUCUUGAAAAUGAAGGACUUGACUACCUCGGAAGCUUUCCUGGAGUUUGAUGCUAAUAAUGAUGGCUGGAUAUCGCCUAAAGAAUUUAAGAAAGCUUUGGAAGCUCAAAAAACUUACACAGAUGAGGAAAUAGAUUACAUUAUGAUGUGUGUGGAUGCAAAUCAAGACGGAAAGGUGGAUUUCAAUGAGUUUACUGACAGAUUCCAUAAUCCUGCUAAAGACAUUGGUUUUACAAUGGCUGUACUGUUAACUAAUUUGUCAGAGCACAUGCCAUCUGAUCCUCGACUUGAAAGAUUCCUAGAGAAGGCUCGUAGUGUGUUGGAUUAUUUUGGACCCUACCUUGGUAGAAUAGAAAUCAUGGGUAGCAGCAACAAGAUAGAGCGGGUCUAUUUUGAGAUCAAACAGUCCCAUAUAGACCAAUGGGAGAAACCACAGAUCAAAGAGUCCAAGAGAUCUUUCCUACACAGUGUAGUGAAUGAAGGAGGGGACAAAGAAAAACUAGAGAGCUUUGUCAACUUCUGUGAAGACAGCAUCUUUGAGAUGCAGCAUGCCACCAGUAUAAGUGCUGAGGAACAGAGACUAGCAGCUAUGAGGAGUGGUACAGGAGUACAAGAGGGAGGAUUACUAGAACCAAUAUCUACAGUCUAUAGAUUUGCUGUUGAUGGUUUAUCAACUAUAUUGUCCUUAUUUACAUGGACCAAUAUGAAGUGGGGUUAUCAGACAUUUAAGAAAAUGACAUACUGGCAGUUAUUUGUAGCCAUGAUCAAGUUGAACUUCAGACUGGCUUUCCUACUGUUGACGUUCUUAUUCCAUGUUAUGUGGACAUUGAUGAAGUUCAUAUUUAACAUGAUGAAAGGAGAACGGGAGGAGUCUGUAGAAGAUUCACAGCCAGCCAUGUUAGCACUUCCUGCUCCGCCCCCACCGAGAGUAUAUAUACCUCCCAUGGAACUAGAAACAUCGGAAACAAUGACACCAUUUGGAAUACCCAUGAAAUCAGAACAGGAGAGUGAAACAGAGGAAUCACACCUUGCCAAUGGAGUUACAAAAACACCUGAUACACAGACCGAAACAAGUACACCACCUGUUAAAGAGCAUACUGAGCCUGCAGUACAGGAAGUUCCUAUAACAGAAACAGAAGAACCAGUAGAUUCUGUCCCAAGAACUUCAACACCUAAACCUGGAGAAGAUGAUGAAUUACCAUAUGAAGCAAAGAGUUUUGAUUGGGGAAAAUAUGUUUUGAAUAUUUUCCGAAAAUUUGCGAGUUUGUUUGCCAGGAAUUUUUACAACUUUAAAUAUGCAGCCUUGGUUCUUGCCUUUAUUAUCAAUGUCAUGCUGUUAUUCUACAGGGUUAACAGAAUCCCAUUAGCAGGAGAAGAAGCAGAGGACAACAGUGACAACAAUGCAACAGGAGGUGGUGAGGUAGAGCAAGAGUUCGCUGAGGUCGUUGCCAUGGAAGAUGACAUUUACUUUAGAGAAUACAUGAUGCAGAUCCUAGCUAUUGCUCAUAGUGUGAUAUCAUUCUCUAUGCUCAUUGCCUACUACUGUCUCAAAGUUCCUUUAGUUAUUUUCAAAAGAGAGAAGGAAAUUGCCAGGAAGUUGGAAUUUGAGGGAUUGUGGGUAGCUGAGCAACCAGAAGAUGAUAUCAAGGCACACUGGGAUAAACUUGUGCUAAGUACCCAGUCAUUUCCAGAAAGUUACUGGGACAAGUUUGUUAAAAAGAAGGUGAGAGCUAGGUAUGCAGAGCAGUAUGACUAUGAAGCUAUCAGUAACCUAUUGGGAAUGGACAAAAGUGAUUCCAUCAAAAUAGGAGAGGAACAGAAAUCUGGUGUCCUCCCAUCCUUCCUCAGCAAUGUUGAUUGGCAGUACCAGAUAUGGAAAUGGGGUGUCAUCUUUACAGAUAAUUCCUUCUUGUACAUUGCCUGGUACUUCAUCUUCUCAGUCCUUGGAAACCGUAACUACUUUUUCUUUGCUGCACAUCUACUGGAUGUUGCUAUCGCCAUUCCUGCACUGAGGACAAUUUUACAGUCUGUUACACACAAUGGUAAACAGCUUGUGUUGACAGUGAUGUUAACCAGUGUUAUUGUGUACAUUUACACAGUUUUAGCUUUCAACUUUUUCCGUAAAUUCUAUGUCAAAGAGGAAGAUGGAAACACAGAUUAUAAAUGUCAUGAUAUGUUAACAUGUUUUGUGUACCAUUUACAUACUGGUGUAAGAGCUGGUGGUGGUAUAGGUGAUGAGAUAGAGCCAGCGGAUGGAGAUCCAUAUGAAGUGUGGAGAAUUUUAUUUGAUAUCACAUUCUUUUUCUUUGUGAUUGUUAUCCUGCUAGCUAUCAUACAAGGUUUAAUUAUUGAUGCCUUUGGAGAAUUGAGAGAUCAGUUAGAACAAGUCAAAGAAGACAUGGAGUCAAAAUGUUUCAUCUGUGGUAUUGGAAAAGAAUACUUUGACAAAGUACCUCAUGGGUUUGAGACUCAUACGACGAAUGAACAUAAUUUUGCCAACUACAUGUUUUUCUUGAUGCACUUGAUUAACAAACCAGAUACAGAAUACACAGGACAGGAAACAUAUGUAUGGGAACUUUAUCAACAGAGGUGCUGGGAUUUCUUCCCUGUAGGAGAUUGCUUCAGAAAACAGUAUGAAGACGAACCCAGUAGCUAAAAGUGGCUAUACUCCUAUCAUAGGAGAGACUAAUCAAAAAUAUGUACCAAAGAAAUGACAAUAUAUCCUAGACAUACUCAUGCUAGAAGUACUCACAUAGUUGAUAUUUUUACACUUAGGUCAAUUUUUAAUAGGAACAGUUAUUUUAUAUCAUGGAAUACAUUAUAUUGAAAAACUUCAGAAAGUUUGUUGCUGAUUUUUAUGACAAAGUAACAAAAGUUGUUUAGUGAAAGUGACUUUUUACAAGAUUUUGUGUGUUUGUGAUGACAAAAAAGAUUCCACAUAGCCUGAAUGGACAAAGAGACAUUUUGGUAGUGUACCCCUUUUAUUUUGAAAUUUUGUGUGUCUUUAUUAUUUUUUCGAGACAAGGUCCAUGAAGGUUAUGUGGGACAGUAUUAAUACAUGUACUUAAAUACAUCUCUAUCUCUGGUGAUAAUUGAUUUGAAAAAUAGAAAAGUUGAAACUGGAUUUUCUGGUAAUAAAUUUGAAAAUCUUUGACUGGACUUUCUGUUUCGUAUUUUUCUUGAAGAUCCAGUAGGGGAGAUGUAGUGUUUUUGUUUUGACUUAUGAAAUCCUGCUUUGUUCCAUUGUUGUGAUACUCAAUUUUGAAAUUGUAAUUUUGUUUUGUCUGCCAAUUUUACAUAAAAUGAUAUUUACUGUGAUUUUGAAAAUAAGAGUGUUUUCCUAGUCUUUUAUAUUUGUGUACCUCAUAAACUUGAGAUUGUAGUGAAUCAUAUUAAUUUUUUGUCCAUAUGACUUAAUACAUUUUUUACCAAGUCACUAGAUGGUUGUUGUUAUUUGUUUAUUGUUAAAUAGAUCUUUUUAUAGUGGUUAGUUAUAUUUGUUAGUUCGCUGUUAGUAGCUAAAGAAUCUCGUCCAUUUUUAUCCCUGCCCUUUAAAUCAAUGCAUUCACAUUUUAAAUUUGAUUUUCAUAACUUUAUUCAUGGUGCCAUGCAAGAAUAUUUUGUAAUGGUUAUAUAUUUAAAUGCGUGGUACCAAAAUGAAUAUAAUUUGUCAUGGCUAAUUACAAUUGUAUACAUUAUGUCAUGGUGUUUUUAGUUGGUCCUGACUUUUCACAAUGGUAUACAUGAUGCCAUGAAAUUUGUUAUUUGUAUGGCUUUUCACUAUUGUAUGUGUUAUGUCAUGGUGUUUAUUGUUCCUGGCAUUUCACUAUUGUAUGUGUUAUGUCAUGGUGUUUAUUGUUCCUGGCAUUUCAUAAUAGUAUACAUUGUGCCACGGAGUUUAUAAUUUGUCAUGGCUUUUCACAGUUUUAUACAUGGUGCCAUGCAUAUUUUUGUCUUAUUUAAUGUAAAGAUCUGGGAUGUUUUUUAUUCAAUAAAUGCAAUAAAAAGUAGAUCAUGCUCAUUUGUCAAAUAUAUGUUGACGGUUUAUUGUUCAGUGUUUUAAGCAUGUAUUAUCACAGUUGUGCCAAGUAUAUUAACAUUGUUAUUUUUUGUUCCUUAUAUGUUAUUGAACUUUCACUUUUUUUUAAAGAUGGUAGGCUAGUCAGGACUUGUGCAAUAGCUCACUUAGAUCUACAUGUAGUUAGACAAUGCUAUACAUUUGCUUUUAUUUAUUUGUUUACUUAUUUUUUUAUUUUUUUGGAUUUAUUUUACAUCCUCUUAACACAUAUCAUUUAAUGUUUGAAAUGUUUUCGUCAUGAGGUGUAUAUACAUCACACAUAUCCCUAGUUCACAUCAAGUUUUUAUAAGACAUUGAACGUCACAAAGAAAAUAACUAUUGAAUCCCACUUUUAUACUUAUUUCUGACAAUACAGCAUGUUCCUUUGCAGCUAUGGUAAGCAUUUAUAACUUCUGAUAUGUGGUAAAUCUAUUUUUAAAUUACUUUCUUUGAUGCUGAAGAGACCCUUUCAAGGUAUAAUGCCAGCAGAAAUGCUGGCUUGAAAAUGACUUGCUUAAAAUUUAGAUUGGUUCUAUAGCCAACUUAACAGAACUAAGUUUUACUUUCCUAACAGUAGAGCUUCUUUAAUAAUAUCUUGAAGGGUCUGUUUAUAUAACUUUCUAAUAAUCAGAAGUCUCACAUGUGUGCCAUCCUGGAAUAUAAAGUACCUGUUUUUUAUAUCAUGAUUGACAAAAAGUCUUCCAGAUGCAUGUAGCAGAAUUUGUUCGUAUUUUCCCCUGUGAAUAGGAAUGUUUUUCAUAUGAUCACUAUUCAUCCACUGUAGAAAGUUGUCAAAUGCAAUUUUGAUUUUAUUACCAAAGAAAUAAAAGAUAAAAUCUU